AUGAACCCCGUACUUAUUGUGGGUGCCGGCAUUGUUGGCCUGACACUCGGGCAAGCGCUAAAGAAAAAGGGCAUUCCCUUUGAGAUCUACGAACGUGACUUAAAUCCCGAAGAGCGUGGUCAAGGAUGGGCAAUUACCCUACACUGGGCAUUGGAGUCCAUGUUCAAAAUGCUGGACAAAUCAACCCUAUCUCGCAUUCAAGAUGUCCAAGUGGACCCAGAUGUAGCCCGCAAUGACAGCGGAAACUUUCUCUUCAUCAACCUCCAGACUGGAGAACCAAAGUUCAAGAUUCCGCCUAAUGUUCGAUGGAGAGUGAAUCGGGAGAAGAUGCGUCGUGCGCUACUUGUUGGUAUUGAGGACCAUGUUCAUUGGGGUCGAAGGGUGACCGGUUUAAAUGUACCGAAGGACACAAAUCAAGUUCAACUCCUGUUUGAAGACGACACAUAUGUCACCGGAAGUCUCGUCGUUGGUGUUGAGGGCAGUCGUUCGAUGGUCAGGCAGUUCCUCCGGCCAGACGCCUUUGGCAACAAAACACUCGGGAUCAACUUCACGGGAGUUGCUGUGGAUCUUACCCCGGAAGAAAUCAAGCCCUUGUGUGACAUGGAUCCAUUACUAUUCCAAGGCUGCCACCCUACAACAGGCGCUUUUUUCUGGUUCUCCAUGCUGGAAACACCACAAGUGAAUGGAACAGCCGGGACCAAUGCGGAACGAUAUCGUGCGCAGAUUUGCAUGUCCUGGCCGGAGAAAGGACCAGAUGACAAAGUAGCAAGCACUGAUGAAGCUCGACUGAUCAACAUGAAGAACCGGGCACAAGGGUUCGUGUCAUUUCUUCAAAAGGCAGUUGAUCGGAUUCCUGCUGGAACACAUGUCACCGAGAUCAAGUUAGCAGAUUGGGAGUGUCUCCCUUGGGACAAUCGGGGUGGUCGAGUCACACUAGCCGGUGAUGCAGCGCAUGCAAUGACAAUGUAUCGUGGGGAAGCGGCCAACCACGGAAUCCUCGAUGCGUACCGUCUGAUGGAGGCGAUUGAACGAAUCUACAGCGGGGAUUUAACGACGUCAGCUGCAAUUGACGAAUAUGAAAAGGAAAUGAGAGACCGUACGAGUCGUGCAGUACUCCUCAGCCGCCAGGCCUGUAAAGAUGCUCAUGAUUGGAGCAGACUGGAUGAGACAUCCGCCAUACUGACCAAGAGGGCUGUGGUUGGGAGUUGA